CACCACAGGGGCCGGCACCGCGGGGUUAUCGAAGCAGCUGUCACGAUGCUGGGGUCCCUGGUGUUGAGGAGAAAAGCACUGGCGCCACGGCUACUCCUCCGGCUGCUCAGGUCCCCAACGCUCCGGGGCCAUGGAGGUGCUUCCGGCCCGAAUGUGACCACUGGGAGUCUCGGGGAGCCGCAGUGGCUGAGGGCAGCCGCCGGGGGGCGCCCUGGAACAUCGCCGGCCUUGUUCUCCGGACGCGGGGCAGCCACCUGGGGGCGCCAGGGAGGACGCUUCGAUACCAAAUGCCUCGCGGCUGCCACUUGGGGACGCCUUCUUGGCCCCGAAGAAACACUUCCAGGACAGGACAGCUGGAACGGGGUCCCCAACAGGGCCGGACUGAGCAUGUGGGCCCUGGCCACAGCGCUGGUUGUUCAUUGCUACAGCAAGAGUCCGUCCAACAAGGAUGCAGCCCUGUUGGAAGCUGCCCGUGCCAACAAUGUGCAAGAAGUCACCAGGCUGUUGUCAGAAGGUGCAGAUGUCAAUGCAAAGCACAGACUUGGCUGGACAGCACUCAUGGUGGCAGCCAUCAACCGAAACAACAGUGUGGUCCAGGUCCUGCUUGCUGCCGGGGCUGAUCCAAACCUUGGAGAUGAUUUCAGCAGUGUUUACAAGACCGCCAAGGAACAGGGAAUCCAUUCUUUGGAAGAUGGGCGACAGGACGGUGCAAGCCGGCACAUCACAAACCAGUGGACAAGUGCCCUGGAGUUCAGGAGAUGGCUAGGACUCCCUGCUGGCGUCCUGAUCACCCGAGAGGAUGACUUCAACAACCGGCUGAACAACCGCGCCAGUUUCAAGGGCUGCACGGCCUUGCACUAUGCUGUCCUUGCUGAUGACUACCGCACUGUCAAGGAGCUGCUUGAUGGAGGAGCCAACCCCCUGCAGAGGAAUGAAAUGGGACACACGCCCUUGGAUUAUGCCCGAGAAGGGGAAGUGAUGAAGCUUCUGAGGACUUCUGAAACCAAGUACCAAGAGAAGCAGCGGAAGCGUGAGGCCGAGGAGCGGCGCCGCUUCCCCCUGGAGCAGCGGCUGAAGGAGCAUAUCAUUGGCCAGGAGAGCGCCAUCGCCACAGUGGGUGCUGCGAUCCGGAGGAAGGAGAAUGGCUGGUACGACGAAGAACACCCUCUGGUCUUCCUCUUCUUGGGAUCAUCUGGAAUAGGAAAAACAGAGCUGGCCAAGCAGACAGCCAAAUACAUGCACAAAGAUGCUAAAAAGGGCUUCAUCAGGCUGGACAUGUCCGAGUUCCAGGAGCGACACGAGGUGGCCAAGUUUAUCGGGUCCCCACCAGGCUACGUUGGCCAUGAAGAGGGUGGUCAGCUGACCAAGAAGUUGAAGCAGUGCCCCAAUGCCGUGGUGCUCUUUGAUGAAGUAGACAAAGCCCAUCCAGAUGUGCUCACCAUCAUGCUGCAGCUGUUUGAUGAGGGCCGGCUGACAGAUGGAAAAGGGAAGACCAUUGAUUGCAAGGACGCCAUCUUCAUCAUGACCUCCAAUGUGGCCAGUGAUGAGAUCGCACAGCACGCACUGCAGCUGAGGCAGGAAGCUUUGGAGAUGAGCCGUAACCGUAUUGCCGAAAACCUGGGGGAUGUCCAGAUAAGUGACAAGAUCACCAUCUCAAAGAACUUCAAGGAGAAUGUGAUUCGCCCUAUCCUGAAAGCUCACUUCCGGAGGGAUGAGUUUCUGGGACGGAUCAAUGAGAUCGUCUACUUCCUCCCCUUCUGCCACUCGGAGCUCAUCCAACUUGUCAACAAGGAACUAAACUUCUGGGCCAAGAGAGCCAAGCAAAGGCACAACAUCACGCUGCUCUGGGACCGCGAGGUGGCAGACGUGCUGGUCGACGGCUACAACGUGCACUAUGGUGCCCGCUCCAUCAAACAUGAGGUAGAGCGCCGUGUGGUGAACCAGCUGGCAGCAGCCUACGAGCAGGAUCUGCUGCCAGGGGGCUGUACUCUGCGCAUCACAGUGGAGGACUCAGACAAGCAGCUACUCAAGAGCCCAGAACUGCCCUCGCCCCAGACUGAGAAGCGCCUCCCCAAGCUGCGUCUGGAGAUCAUCGACAAGGACAGCAAGACUCGCAAACUGGACAUCCGGGCACCACUGCACCCUGAGAAGGUGUGCAACACCAUCUAGCAGCCACCUGCCUGCUCCUAUGUGCCCUCACCAUCCAAUAAAGGCCCCUUGGCUGUGGCAUGGCGACCGACUUAUCUUCCCCUUAUACCUCUCCCGUCUACCCAGUCUCAGGCCUGCUUACCUCCUCAUAGCCCGUGAAGACCCCUUCUCAGCCCCAAAACCUAAAGGAGGAAUUUCGCCCAACUCUGGCCCCUUUGUUGUGGACCCAUAACCUGCUAACAAGCCUUCAGGAGAGGAGCUGCCUUUCCACCCCCUUCAAGGCAAGGAGGGAUGGAGUUCCCUUAUUUCCUUCAGAAUGAUCCCCAUCCCCCAUAGUCGCCGGACUUUCUCGUUCCUAGGAAGCUCAGAAGUAUGACAGCUAAGAAAACAGCUGGCUGGAAGAAGACAGGGACCAGACUGAACUGCCACCCUCUGCCAGUCCUCAUGCAACUCAGUCCCCAGAAUUUCUCCACUGGGAGUGGAUGGAGGAAGAGCUCAGAGACCCAGGCAGAGAUGGUUCUGCAGUUUAGUGUAUAGCCUCCUUGUUCCAUACCCUAAAAUUCUAAGGGGAAGGGACCCAUAGAAGCUUGUCUGUUUCUGCUACUAUAUUAUGCCCCCUAUUCCUCCCCACCCCUUGUCUUGGGGUCAAGCCAGACCCGUGCUUCUUCAGCCUUGGGGACUAGGCCAGUGUUGGGCACCUCCAGGAGGAGGCGUGACUGGUUCCUUACCCUCCUCUACUUGGACUGAGCAGUAGUCCUCCAGAUAACCAAGCAAGCUCAGCUCUGUGGGGGCCUUCUUCAAAAGACUAGCAUGGCAGACAUUAGGAAGCAUAGGGAGAGAAAUC